GGAAAGAUCACGUUCCCCGUCCUGCCUAUCCUGCCGUCCCCAGUUAGGGACGGUUAUCGAAACAAGUCGACGUUCUCCGUCAACAGGGGAGUGGACGGGAACCCCAAGACAGUUGGGUUUUACGUGGGCAAAGGCAAGGAUGGCAACAUUGUGUGCGUCAAUGGAGACCACCUUCCCAACAUGCCGGAGAAGCACAAACAGGUGGCCAGACGCUACCAGGAAUUCAUCCGCCGUUCUUCCCUGCAGCCCUGCCUCCUCCUUCACGACGGGGGGCACUGGAGAGAGGUCACGGUGAGGACCGACGCAGCCGGCAACACCAUGGCCAUCGUGUAUUUCCACCCACAAGGGCUCUCCCGGGAGGAGGUGGCGGCCCACCGGGAAGACUUGGCCGAGUUCUUCGCCAAUGGCGCGGGGUCGGCUUGUGAGCUGGACUCACUUUACUUCCAGGAGAGCGCCAUGACCCGUUGUACGCGUGAGGACUCGCCCUACCAGCUCCUGUUCGGUCACACGCACAUUUAUGAGCAGGUAAUGAAC